UUGUUUCCUUUAAGCGUGAAUAAUUUAGUAACCAACACAAGUUUCUUUCGUACUCUUCUCUUAUAUUCUUCUCAAUUAUCAAAUCCUUUCUCUGUUCCUUGUCUUAUCGCCGAAGCCUCAACCGACCAGCCGCCGCCAGCACCGGCCAACCAACUUAGCCGAACAUUCGCAGUAGACUUAGCGGCGCCUGAAACCAGCAACUAUACGCAGCAUCCAUCCUUCACCAUUAUCUACUUCGUCCUCCAUAUCAAGAAUAGCACAUGCUACCCUUGGUUUCAAUGUACACCCGCCACCACUGUUGAUGAAGAUUGAUUUAAUAGAGGUUAGUCCAUUCUUGACGAGUCAGGAGUGGAUAGUCUCUUCCGGGUAUUUACCGGCUGUGAUGCUGAAUUUUUGAGAGUAAUUUGUGAAGAUAUCGAGCUUUGAGCCUUUGAUUCGUGUCUCUCCACCCACUGCGUGGAUGCUGUGAGGGUUAAUUCUUAGAAAAAUGGAGAAGGGUGAGUCGUCUCAGCGAAUUUCAGAUGAAGAUUCUUCACUUUUGAUUCCUCGAGGAGGACCUAUUUUUGUUCAGGAUUUUGUCAGCCCCAUGACCAAGGUUUCUGUUUUCGAGUCCGAUGUUUUUCUAGAAUUGGAGAGUUUGAAGGCUGAAUUAGGCGCUGAACCACUUGAUGUUGAAGAAGAUAUUUCGGUAGAUGAGCUUAGAAUAUACAGCGAUGAUGAAUUGGUUGCUGAGGCUAUGAAGAUUGCAUUUGAGGAUGGCACAGAUGCAAAAACUUCUUUAGGCUUGGCAGAAGACCCGUGCAGCUCUGGUGCUGAAGAUUGUCAAAGGAUGUUGGAUGUUGGUACAUCAGCUUCAUGUGAGUACUCUAAUGGCUUUUCCUCUGACACAAGUUACAACGAAGAAAAAGAGAAUUGCAACUUGACAAAGAGGAAGGGGAAAGCUAAAAUUAAGGCCAAGUCAAAAAAGGGGAGGACUAGGAAAUUGGUUGAUCGUGAAAAGGAUAAAUGCAUUGAUGACUCAUAUCUCGCAAAAGUGGAGCAUCUGGCCAAAAUUAGGGAGAAGCAGGAAGAAGAUAAAGCAUCCGUUAAACUUCAUUCAUUCAAUCGUGAUAAAGAAAACACAGGUGCACUAUCUUCAGGAAAUGUUGAAACUCUGAAAUAUCUUGAAUCAUCUCAUCCUGUAAAGCUUAAGUGCUCAAUGUCAGGAAAACAUGGACCAAUUCAAUAUCCAGAGGUUAUUCUGUGUGUUGAGAUUUAUCAUAGUAAAGCUUCUUGGAAAAAGACGCAAGAAUUUCUUGUCCUUGGGAGUCAAUGCCUGACUGAACUGAGGGAUAAAAUCCAUUGUUUAACAGACCAGGUGAUGCAAAAAGCAGAUGCACAUGACCCUUCUGGAUAUUUCCUCAUAGAGGGGGUUUUCUGCAAUGACACUCGGGAUCCUUCAGCAAUCGAGUAUAGCGAGCCAAUACUAGAUUGGCUUAAGAAUUGUAAGGAAGAGGCACUUACAAAAUGGAACUACAUUCUAGCUGGUGUAGGAAAGCGUCGGAAGCUUCCCGUAGGCAGCAAGCCAGUAUCCAAGUUGCCUACUUUUAUGGCAGUCAACAUGCAAAGUACCCGCUUUUGUGAUUUGGGAUUCCGACUUGGAACUGGAUAUGUGUACUGCCACCAGGGAGAUUGUACUCAUUGUAUGGUGAUUAGAGACAUGAGAUUGAUUCACCCUGAUGAUGUACAAAACCGAGCAGCGUACCCAUUGCUUGUCCAUCAAUUGAAAAAGAUUCUAAAGAAAUGCACCGUUUGUCGAAUCUACAAAGCCACGAAGGUGACUUUGGAUGAUAAGCUGGCUGGAGAAAAUCCUUGUUAUUUUUGUGAUAACUGUUAUUACCUCCUCCAUUACUCUGAAGAGGGUAAUCUGCUUUAUAGUUCAUUUACAGUGUAUGAUUAUCUCCAGGAUUACUACUAGUUUCAGAAUUUUUGUAUUCAAAAGUAUAUUUUUAAAAAGGAAAAAAAAAAUUACUCGUCAUACUUGUAGAUGUUUUUUAAGCUGGACAGUAAUUUGGUCAACUAUUUUAGAUGCAUAAAUUCUCCAUUAUAAAUGAGUACUAGGUACAUUUUGAUGUGUGCAUUGUUUCAAACUUAUAAUUGUUGAGCCAAAUGGCAAGUGGUACAACCAGGAAUCACUACAUUUCAAGCAGUGGACAAUAUGUAAAGCCGAUUGCAAGGUACCAUUGCACACACGGCAUUUAGAAGACACAAAGUUGAAGCAGAAAACAAAAGCGCAGGAUUUUCUAGUCCUAGGGAGUCAAACCCGGACUAAACAGAGGGAUAAAAUUCAUUCUUAAACAGAUGUGGGAAUGCAAAGAGCAGGUGCACAUGACCCACUUGGAUAUUUCCUUAUAGAGGUUAGUUUUUAAUUAACUUGUUUGAUUUAUCCUAUGGUGACUGAUUCUAAAUUCAAUUGAGUUUGCCAUUGGUGUAUGGGUUUUUCUGCAAUGAAACACGGAACCCUUCAGCAAUUGACGAAUCAGGUUUACUCUAAUUGUGAUGACCUAUCCACCAGAAUCUGACCCGACCCGAGGAUCACUCGCAUGGAAGAUUAAUCCAAAUAUGGGGAUAACCAAACUCAACCCGCACCAAACAUAUUAUGAACCAAAAUGUAGCUAUAACCCAAUAGAUUUCAUAAAAACCGGACUUCAAAUAUCUGGUUCAAUUUGACAGACUUGCAAUUGAUACGAUGUUACAUCGCUCAAUUUGCCUAGUAUUAAUCAGGCAUGUAAAUAUGUUAGACCUAAGCCGUAAUUACCCAACCUCAAACAAAACAGUCUUUCAAUUUGCCGAAGGUUAACCUGAUUACCUGACGUAUAGCUUCUGUAUUAAGCAGACAUGACCUGAUCUAGUUUAACUUGAUGUGGGCAUAUGCCGGACUGUGCUGGUAUUGACUUAGAGCAAACCCGAACCCGAGAUGACUUGGUCCCAAUCUGACCCAGUUCAAAACUUUGAGCUGACUCGUCAAGACUCAAACCCAAUAUGAGCCGAGCUAAAACCCAAUUGGAUAAUCAAAGAUGUGGCCCUAGACUAUCGACCUAAAACACUUCAAAUAGGUUUUAGAUGUGAUGAUAAGAGUUACUGGCUUACUGCAUUCUGCUUAUCAGAUGUUCUAAUAUCUGCAAGAGAAGAUUUAAUGUGUCCGUUUGAAGAAGUCUUUCUUUUCUUUAACAUCCCUCUUUACAUUAUAUUUCAACUUGGCAUGUUUCUUGAUUUUAAUUUUAGACACAAUUCCUGCUACCUGUUACUGGUUAUUGCAACUAUUUUGUAAUUUGUAUGUGGAAGAACAUCAAGUUGCUAUGUUAUGUAUAAGGGUCUUCUUUUGGAGCAUUAUGGAUGGUCCCUUCUAACUUUGGAGGGUUCCUUAGUUAGUGCUCCGAUAGCAAUUAUAAAUGGCUUCUGAUGACCGCACACUAAUAGAACUACUGUGUGGACAGAUACGGGUCAAACAUUUCUGAACUUGAUGCGUCCUGAUAGGCUUAGUGAAGCUUCUGCCUCUUGACACUCAACUGUUUGUUUUGCAUAUUUCCUUUCAUGAAGGCUUAUCAUUAAUAAAUUGUUAUAAUUUGACCUACAACUACUUGGUAUAAUUUUAUGGAGACAACAACGAACACAAUGCCAAAGCCUUAAUCCCUAGAGAUUAGUGGUCAUUUACUUGAAUUCUUCUCCCUUCAUUUGAUUACAUAGUGAGCUUUGUUCAAUUUCUGUAACAUCCCUCACUGAAUCAAUAUGAUCAUGAAUGCCAUUUUCCAGGCAUUUCGCUAGGUUUUGCUUGUUGAUUAUGUCCAUGCUACCUUUUAGUAUUGAAAUUCAGCUUAUCAGUCCGUCUCUUCUGCCCCCAUCCUCUCUCCAAUUUGUUCUAGUUCUUCCUUUCACCUCGCUGAACAAUCCCGAUUUUCCCUUGAUUGUAGCCUUUCAUUGUUUUUUUUCGAAACUAGUGAGCUGCUGUCCUUGGCUUGAAUCACGUUCUUAAAUGCAUACUAGGAAUGAAAAACAAACCCUUUAAAGACGAUAUGCAUUGCUAAUAGUUGCAUAGUCUGUACUUCUGUCUUGUUCGUCUUAUUGCUUCAAAUGCAUACAUCAGGAUUGAGGAAGAUCUAUGGCACUAUACUUGAGUACCUUAUCCAUGUAACAGUAAGCCAUGCCUUCUUUCUAUGUACCUUUUUCUUUAAAUGUUACGUUUUAUGCCCGUUAUUGUUCGAUUUACAGUGUUCACGCCAAGAAAUCAUGAUCAACUGCCUUCAUAUUAAUGCAUUGCUCAGGUUCGAAACAGAUGCAUUCAAUUAGAAUUCGAGGAAGAAGAAUCGGGUCAAAGGACUAUGAAACUGAAAUUUGGGGCAGUUUCUCAUGUGAGACUAGUACAGUUAGUUACUACUGAAAGUCUGAAACCUCUUACAAAGAGGGAAUGCAGGUUAGCUAGCUACAUGAUUUUGAAAAAUUCUGAAAAAGGAUAUUUUUAUGUUAGUAUAACUUAUAAUAUAAAGAAAGUUUUUGUUACCUUCUGUUUUUUGAUUUCUUACCUCUUUACCAUCUAAAAAAUUAGUAGUAAAGCCAAAGCGAUAAGGAAUAUGUUUUUUUUUCUUUUGAGUCGGUGGUAAGGAGGAUUCUCUACAUGUAAGAAAGUUUGGGGAGAAUUAAUUCUUUCUAUAUGUGGUGAAAUUUGAACCCUUAUUACAAGAAGACGAGAAAAACCUUCAACUAUUAGGUUUACUAAUGAUUCUCAAAGCAUGAGGAAUGUUACUCUAAAGCACAAAUAUUAUAUUAUACACUUUUGUCCUUUAUAUUUGCCACAUUUGCAUUAAAUUUUUGGUUUAGUUUUGAAGAGAAUAAGUGAAAGAUGGUAUGAAAGAAGUAAAUAAAUGUGUAGAUGAAAAUUAAUAAAAGUAAUGGGAGUUAUUUAUUUUCACACUAGAAAAUAGCAAAUUCAAUGAUGUACUAAUGUAACAAAUUUAAAUGUAGUAAGACACAAUAUUAUAUCUUAUUUUAUUAGUAUUAAGCCAUAAGGUAUGAUGAUACUUUAACAAUGAAAAAAGUGGUUAAAUUUAUUUUGAUUUAGAUUAUCGAUAUUAUAAAAGUAUAUUAUUUGAAAUGGUUGAUAUUUACAAAAUAUAAGUGAUAUGUGGUAUAGAAAUAAUCUAUUCUCUUGAUUUGAGAUACUAAAUUGAACUGAUUUGGUCUACUACAUGUAGGGAGCUGAAUGAAUAAUAAAAUGUUAAAAAAUCAAAUUUAAAAGAAUUGAAUAGAAUUAAUGAAACACAAUUAAAUUGUAGAAAAUGGAGCUAAGUUUGAAAUUCCCAACAAAGUAAAAUUGUUCAUGAUGGCUUGGAAGAUCAUUACAAUUGUGAGAUUAUAUUGACAAAUGACACCAAAACAUGCACUAGGAAUUGUGUAGAGGGAAUAUUUCUUUUCCCCAUUACACAUGGCCCAAGUUAUUUUUGGUCAAGAAAAAGAAUAUAAUGAGAGGAAUUAUUACUCUAUGCACAAAAAAUAAGGGAAGUGCUAAGUAGGGAACAUGUAGAGGAAGUUUAUACUACACAUUUUCUUAAACACUUUUACCUUGAAGGUUGAGCAUUUGUCUCCAUUUCCACCAACAUGAAGUACUAAACUUGGAUUGCCAAUAAUCUUCAUUAACAUUUGACAUCUUAGCUCAUUAUUUUUUUUUUUUUGGGCAAAAUUAAGCAAGAUGUGUAUCUAGAUUUAGAGCACCUAAUCUAGAUCUAAAAGUAUUUGAACAUAGAUAUGUGUAUCCCUCUCUUGAGAUGUAACCAUUG